AUCCAGGAGAGGGCUGCACCUAGUACACCAGUGCCUGAGGUUGCUGCUGGGGGAAGAAGGAAGUGGAAAAGGUGCCAGUGUCCAGCAGGUCCCCAAGAGAGCGUCUCCCUCAGGGAGGACGAGCACAGCGGCGAAGCCCCGUGGAAACCGUGCCAGGAAGCACUUAUUCAGUGACACGGAAACCGAAAAGACAGACAUAAGCUGGCUGAAGGAGUCUGGCAGAAAACCCAAGCCCAAAGUGGUGGACUACAGCAGGCAGCGUGCCACAAAACCACCUCCACCUGCCGACACCACCUGUACAGUAUUCACUGCCACCAAACCACCUCCACCUGCCAACACCACCUAUGAUUCAGAUUUACCCCCUUCUCCAUCAAAGCCACCUGGAACACAGGCCAAACAAAAGAAGAGGAGGAACACAGGAAAGGAGAGGAAGGAGUCCGCUCUAGUGGCCCAGCUGUGUGGGAGGCCCCAGAGGACCACCGCCGUGUCCAAGAACUACAGAGAGCUCUCUGAAUCUGGCAGUAGCAGCCAAUCAGAGUGUGAGGAUCUGACCCAUCGGCUGCCCAAACAAAACCAAACAAACGGGAACACAAAAUGGAGUGUGAUGGAUCAGCAGCUAGAGCUGAAAAAAAAUCCAGUCCCUGCCAAAGAACAAGGGGAAAAGCCAGUCACUGCAGGCAAACGUGGGGAAAAGCCAGUCACUGCAAGCGAACAUGGGGAAAAGCCAGUCACUGCAAGCGAACAUGGGGAAAAGCCAGUCACUGCAGGCAAAUGUAGGGAAAAGCCAGUCACUGCAAGCAAACAUGGGGAAAAGCCCGCCACUGCAAAUGAACAGGGGGGAAAGCCCAUGACUGAAAACGAAAUAGGAAAAAAGCCAGUCACUGCAAGUGAACAGAAGAAAAAAAUGGUUACUGCAAACAAACUGGGGGAAAAGCCAGUCACUGCAAACAAACGGGGGGACAAGCCAGUCACUGCACACAAACAGGGGGAAAGGCCAGUCACUGCAAUCAAACUGGGGGAAAGGCCAGUCACUGCACACAAACAGGGGGAAAGGCCAGUCACUGCACACAAACAGGGGGAAAAGCCAGUCACUGCAAUCAAACUGGGGGAAAAGCCAGUCACUGCAAACAAACUGGGGGAAAAGCCAGUCAAUGCAAACAAACGAGGGGACAAGCCAGUCACUGCAAAUGAACAGGAGGAAAAGCCAGUCACUGAAAAGGUGGAAAAGCCGGUCAUUGUUGAGGAUCAGGCCAGAGGGCAGAAAGAGUUGUGGUCUGCCAGAUUGACUGAUUUUCUUCCGUCUCCUUCACCCAUAGAGAGGAUGAGAUCUGCAGGGGAAUCGGAGGCCGUGUCGGGAUCACCGAUCUCCCCCUUGCGCUCCCCCGAUGCGCUCCCCCUUCCCCUGGAGGUGGCCGCCGGGGCCUUCACAGGGAUCCAGGCCUCCUCCUUCUACAGAUCGGAGAGAGGCAGCAGCGCGCGGAAGACUCCCUCCGCCCCGUCUCUGAGCCGCCUCCAGGCCGUCCCUACCCCCGUCCUGAGUCCCCUCCACCCCCUCCAGAGCGCCUCGCCUCCUCUCCUGACCUCCACGGCCCUGGAGCCCUCUGUCCCAAACUCGCCCUUUCUGGAGGACUCGCUGGGCCUGCCAGCCUGUCUGGAUUCCUUCAAGAGCAGCUCCUCACAGUCCAUCCCGCUGCCGAAGCUGCCAUCUUCCAAUGAACAGUUCAAAGAGCAUAUGUCAGGCCCUGGCUUGGGCCGGAAGCGCCCGCCCUCCCACCACAGCUCCAGUGCUUCUGAGGAGGAAGAAGAAGAGGGAAGAGGCUCAGGGACAGGGCAGAGGAUGAGCAUGCGGCCCAGGAAGCUGUUCAAGACCAGGGAGGAAGAGGAGGAGGAGGAGGAGGAGGAAGUUUACAGCCUGACCUGCCCUCUGAAGGAGGGAGGCGAGGUCAGGCAGGAGAGAGGGCCCACUGUGGCAGCACCAGGCCAAGGAGAAAGCCUCACGGAUGCAGUGAGAGAUGCGGAGCUGUGCUCUGUGGUGUCGUCCCGUGUGGUGUCCAGUUUCUGGGAGGCCAACAUGGAGGGCGCUGGGGAUCUUGAAGCUCCGGAAUUCAACGCCUCACAGUACAUGAGCUCCAUGUGCCGCCAGUUCAACUCUGAACUCCAGCGUAAGAUACAGAAUCGUUCCAGAAGGAUGGAUCACUUUGCCAAGCAGUCUCUGAAGACUGUUCAGCAGCAUGUGUCUUCCGUUAGCGUGCAGAUUCAUCAGUACAGAUCUCAGAAGUUGGAGAAGAUCAGAGGUGUGCUGCUAGAAGAGAUCCACAACUUGGAGAAGGACAACUCCGACCUGAAGGACGUGGAAAAGGAACUGACUACGUACUGGAGGAAGCAGACCCAGGCCUUUCACUCUUACCAGGAGAGAGAGAGCAAAAGGCUCCAGAACCUGAGGAGCACCUUCCAGAAGAAUGUGUGUCACAGCCUUGAGUACGAGGAACAGAUCUUCACAUCUGAGAUGUGCCUGAUGAGGGAAGACAUGAAGUCUGUUCAGGACAAACUAUUUAAGGACAUGCAAGAGGAGGAAAUGCUGAGUGUCCGUAGAGGACUGCAGGCUCUCUUCCUGCCAGAGGGAUGCAGAUUCUGAUCAGAGGACAAAUAUUACCUUCGUACACCUGAGUUUAAUUGUCUCUCAGUAACACCCACUGGGUUGAAUCAUCUCAGUAUCACAUACAGUAUUUUAACAUUGCUGAGUAACAAACACAGUAUUCUAGCAUCUCUAAAUAUAUGCACAGUAUCCUAGCAUCUCUAAGUAACACGCAGAGGGAAGUGCAUGUUUCUCUGCUGUUUGUAUUUAGUUUUUCAAAAAUAAACAAAACAAUCUGAAGUAUUUUAAUACAGGAUUUCAUGAAAUGUCAUUAUUAACAUAUUUUUUCACUAGAACCUAUAUAUAUUCAAGUAAGCGUGUGAUGUUUAUUUGAAAAUGUGCUCUGUUUUAGAGCAGUGUCAGUUUAAUGGUGCAGUUUUGAGAACAAAUACUGUAGUUACAAGUUUCAAAUGUUCUGUAACAGAAGCAGGUUCAGCUGCAAUUGAAUGGCUGUAAUUGAAUAGAUUAUAUUAACACUUCUCAUUGUGAUGUCACUGAACUGCUGUGAUUGAAAGGAUUAAAUUAACACUAUUCUCAAUGUUAUGUCAUCGAACAGCUGCGAUUAAAAGGAUCACAUAUACACUAUUCUUAUUGUGAUGUCACUGGACAGGUGUGAUUGAAAGGAUUAAUUUAACACUUCUCAUUGUGAUGUCAUGGGCUCAAAGUAACAUGCAUUCAGCUGCCAGGUGGCUGCAACAGGUUCACAUAGAUCAGGCUAUUUAGUUAUGUGGGAAGGAAGAGGUAAAGAAGCCCCAUUUUAACAAGUUACGUAGCUCUCUAGCUUGCUUAACAAUAAAGCUUGUCAUUUUUGCUUCCUUUAUCACAAGCACCACUUAUUGAAGGCCAGUAUUUUUUUCAGUAAGCUUCUGUCUAACUUGCUAUUUAUUGACUGAUCUGUUUUGUAGGUUUGUGUGACAAAGAGCCUAUGUUUGUAGUUGACUAUUAAAACACAUCUGUAUUGUGCAUUUGCACUUUGUCUUGAUUUUUGGAAUAAAUGUAUAUUGUUCAGUAACA